AUGGGUCUGUGCGCAUCCUCCCCCUUUGAAGCCAUGCGGAGUACGUCGCCACCAAGGACUGGCAGGCGGCCGCUGAAAAGCUACAUCUGCAGAUUGCCAGAGGAGCUGUACGAUUUGGAAACCGACCCAAAGGAGGUGCACAACCCGACGGGCACGAUGGAGUAUGAUUCAGUAGUGAAGCAGAUGCGGGAAGAAGUUGAGAAGUGGCAGAUGGAGACGAAAGACUUGGUGGUUGCGGAAAGAUGGUGUUUCAGUGCAGCGAUUCAAGGAGUUUAA